AUGUCGCGAGGUGGAUGGGGAAGAGGGCGCGGUGGCGGUGGUGGUCGAAAAGGCCCUGCACCCCCGGAGCUGGACUAUGAGGACGACGCCGACAUCUCCUUCCCGCCGACCGAGAAGAAGCCCCAAGCGCUAUUUCCAGAUAUCGACCUCCCCGUUCCUCGGCCACCUACGGCCCGCGAGCUUGCGGCCGUGAGCCGCUACCUGUCCUUCCGCACCCGUGUGCGCAACGGACCAUACUACGCUACCCUCGACCCCAGCAGCAUUGCGGACGAAAAGACGGGCAAAACGCUCAAACGCGCGGGCUUUGAUCCGUUCAACGAUCAGGAGAAGUACACGGCCAAGUAUCACAAGAAGAAGAGGAGCUUGCCGGACUUGAAGGGAAGUGGCAGGGAGUAUGCAUUGAAAUACUUCCCGCACGAACUCUGGCCCCUCCUCGACCCAGACAGGAAGAACCCGCUGUGGAAGUCGGCCGAGAUCGACAUCGACGCCGCGACGAACAUCCCAAGGCGCAAAUCAUCGAAGCGGAAGCGCGACAGCCUCGUUAUCGAAGACCACGAUGAGGAAGGCGACGAGGUCGCAGAAGACGAUAAAGGAAACGACACCGACGAGUCGGACCCGCUUCUCUCAGCGUCCCGCCGUGCGCGGGCGCUGGCCAAAGCGGCGAAGAAGCGACGACGCCGCGAGACCGAGUCCCGCGAAAAGCGCGGUCUCGACGCCGAAGACGACUUUGGGCCGAAGAAGAAAAAUGGCCGUUCCCCUCUACCGGCGAGCCUGCGCGCGAAGGAGAGGAAGCGGCCUCAGCAAGAGACGGGCAGGCGCGCAAGCGAGUCUGACGAAGAGGAGGAGGACGACGACGACGUGCCCGAUGCGCAGGAGAACGAAGACGAAGAUGGUGAUGGAGACGAAGAAGAAGACGAGGACGACACAGAUGGCGAGCCCGUAGACUCCGAGUUUGAAGAGUCCGACGAUGGCGAGGCCGACGAUUACAACGCCGAGAAUUACUUUGAUGGCGGAGAAGGGGAUGAUGAGGAUGGCUUCGCGUACGGCGGUGGAGGCGGUGACGAAGGUGGUGAAUACUGA